GGAGAAUACAUAGAGGGUUAUGAUUUGUACUGGUCAAUCCCUGAUACAAUCGACUUUUAUUCUUUCUUCCGAUUACUAGAAAUUAAAAGGGCUGGAGAUGUUGAUGAUUGUCUCUAAAGAAGCAACCGAUAUUCUAAGGUACGCCAUGCUUUUGGCUAUUCCCAAAGUAAGUAUUAAUUAAUUCUUCAAUUCCUUGCAAUAGUUUAUUCGAAAAUUACAAAUGUCUGAAACGACGAAGUUUUAGAGGCUUCAUGUUUAUUUACAUUGUUUGAACCAACUCAAAAAAAACCAGACAGUGCUGAAGGUUUUAUAAAAGAUAAGAAAUAGACCCGGAAGACCAGAGAAAAAUAGCUGUAGACGGAAAAAAAGCGACAUUGUUGUUUUCCAACAUCUCCUUCUCAUUUUGAAAAAAGUAUCAUAUCUUGGAAUUUCAUAGAGUUCUUUGCACCAACAGAAACUUUUAUGCUUCUUUAUUCAACUCUACAAAACAAGGUGAUUCUCCCGAUUGUCGACCCAAAGAAGACUCCAAGUUGAAUCCGCGGUCUUGCUUUUAGAAAUAGCUUAUAUCAUUCUUAUAGAUCUCUACUCUCAGUUAGUUUCUUCUUUUGCUCUUCUAUUGCUUUCAGUUUUUUUCUUUUCUGCCAACCAGGUUCAUCAAGUAUCCAUUAACUUGUCCUUUUCUCUACCCAGUAUACAACUGGUACAUCAAGGGAUCUGUUCAACUUUCUUCGCAAGUAAAGUGUUUUGUGAUUUAAUAAAACAGAAUACAAGAUCGAUCUAUUUAGGUAAAUCCGUAGUUGCAAAAUUCUGUUCCAUAAGAGGAUUAGAAGUCCAACUGUUUGACAUAUGCAAAACUACACUGGGCAUUUAACGUCCUUUAUAAAAAGUGGAUUUCAUUAUGGUCUCAACAGAAGCCUAGGCCUUGGAUCCAAGUUAGCAAAGACAAACUUUUCAUCUUUGACAUAUUCGAAAGAAGUAUCGAAUGCUCUAAAAAAUGGGCUUCCAUUAGUUGCUUUAGAGUCCACAAUCAUUACGCAUGGGAUGCCAUAUCCGGAGAAUCAGAAAAUGGCAUUGGAAGUUGAAAAUGCAGUCAGGAAAUCUGGUGCCGUUCCUGCUACAAUUGCAAUUAUUGAUGGAAAGUGUUCAAUAGGUUUGGAAGAAUCAGAAUUACAGAGUCUGGCCAAAAUUGGUCAACUUGCUCGCAAAGUAUCUCGUAGAGAUCUGGGCUAUAUUACGUCUCAAAAGUUGAAUGGCGGAACUACAGUUGCUUCGACCAUGAUUUUAGCUGAAAAAGCUGGAAUCGACGUUUUUGCGACCGGUGGGAUUGGCGGUGUUCACAGAGGCGCUGAAACUACAAUGGACAUCUCGGCAGAUUUAAUUGAGUUAGGGCGAACUAGAGUUGGUGUCGUGUGCGCUGGUGUUAAGAGUAUAUUGGAUAUUGGCAAAACAUUGGAAGUCUUGGAAACACAAGGAGUUCCUGUAGUAACUAUGGGGCCUGAAAAGUCUUCUUUUCCUGCAUUCUUUUCUAGAGAGUCUUCUUUUAAAAGCCCACUGUGCCUACAAUCUCCCGAAGAGAUUGCAAGUUUACUCUAUAAAAACACGGAACUUAAUCUACAAUGCGGUACCCUUAUUGCAGUCCCUACCCCAAAGAGGUGCUCCUUAAACUACCAAGAAAUGGAAUCCUUUAUCGAUUUAUCUUUGAAAAAAUGCGAAGAACAAGGAAUUUCUGGUAAAGACAUAACUCCCUUUCUUCUUGGCCAACUGUACCAUUUGACCAAAGGAAAAAGUCUAAGUACGAAUAUUGAUUUAGUUUUAAACAACGCAAGAGCUGCUGCUUCUAUUUCUUCAUCUUUGGCUUCACAAAAGCAAAAGAGGUCAUUCGUUCCCUUGAAUCAAUUCAAGUCCAAUACAUCUCUUUCGGAUACAUUUCCUAAACCGAAUACCCUAUUACCGCGUGCAACAUUGGAAAGUCCAGUAAGCGAAUCACCAAAAGUGGUCGCAAUCGGAAGUGUAUCAAUUGACUCCAUAUUGACGCUCAAAGGUAACCCAUCUUCCGGAAUACUGGGUACUUCACACCCGUGUCGUACAAUGCAAAGUUUUGGUGGGGUAGCUCAUAAUAUUGCUAUUGCUUCUUCGUUGAUGGGAGUUCCUACCAAAUUAAUUAGUUGCUUAGGCAGCAAUUCGGUUCCUACGACAGCUAUUCUAUCUUACCUUUGUGAAUCUAAUUUACAGUAUAAAAUGAUCGAGAAAGAAGAUUUCACAUCAUGUUCAUAUACAGCAGUCAAUGAUCCUCAAGGAAGUCUCCUUUUAGCGGGUGCUGACAUGUCAAUUAUGGAAGAGUUGGCCUAUAGAGACUUAGAAAAAGCUCUCGGUGAGUCUUCCUACAUUUGCUUUGAUGGUAAUAUUUCCUCGUCCCUAAUGCAUGAUAUUACACUUCAUAAAAAAGACUUUCAAAAAAUCGUGUUCGAACCAACCAGUGGCCCUAAGUCAAUCAAAAUUAUCGAUGUAUUUAGAAAUUCUUCAGUCGAUUACCUUACACCGAAUUUGUUUGAGCUGGAUAUACUCUUUGAAGCUGUCAAAGAGCAAGGUUUGUGUGAUACGGAGACAUGGUGGGCUGCCAUUAAUUCCUAUGGAAUAACUUCUUCCUAUUAUACACAGAUUGAAAGAUUGUCAAAAGUAGCUGGGUUCAAAGAACUGACGGAAAAAGGAAUUUUGCAAAAGUGUCUACAUAUACUUCCGUUUGCUAAAAAUAUAAUUAUUAAAUUAGGUUCAAAUGGAGCGUUAUUGGUAAGCUCGGAUGAAGUUGAAGGCGUUUCAUUAAAUUCGAGCAGUCUUUGUACACCCGGCAAGGUACUCAUAAAACAUUAUCCAGUCCCAAAUUUAAUUAAAGAUCCUAUCAAUGCAAAUGGUACAGGAGAUACAUUUGUUGGAGUUCUGAUAGCAUUAUUAUCUCGAAAUAAAGGAAUGGAUAAUGCGAUAAACAAUGCGCAAAAAGCAGCGAGUAUGAGCUUACAAAGCAACUUAUCCGUUAAUGAAGAAAUCAAAUGCCUUAUGAAUGAAUAAUAAUAUGAUAUAAACAGCUAAAAACGUGUUCUACUGAUGGCCAACGGGAGCAACGUUUUCAGGCUCAAAUGGAUUCAUGACUUUCUCUCCUUUUCCUUGUUUAAUGUUGUCAACGUCAAGAUCAGAAUACUCCACCUUUGAAGCAUUGAUGUUAUCCUUAUUCUUGUUCAGAGAACCACAGAGAGCAGCUUCUGCAUUAAAGAUUUCAUACAUAUAAUUAAUAAUUUCUUCAAUGUUUGAGGUAUUGGUGUUUUCAUCUUCUUUUAAAUAAUACAAUAAAGAAGGAGGCAUGGACUCAUCAUAUAACUUUGUUUUACAGUUCAAGUAGGCAUGAAUGGGGAAAAUAGCAGCCUUCUUUCGCAAAGCAAGUCCUAAAGUUAGCCAUCCAUAUUCAACUGGAGUUUGACAGUUUGAAGCCACUUCUCUUAUUCGGUCGUCACUACUUUUCAUAGCGUUACUAACAAUAGGCUGAAUGUGAAUAUUGCAGUGAAAAUGCUUGUUGGAAACACAAACCCAGUCAGGAUUAUUAUAAACACAAAAGAUUUCUUCAGGAUGGAUCAUGAUAAAUCUUGGGUGCGUAAGUUUAUAUCGUGCUACUUUGACAUGCAAGUCCGUAUAUCCAUAGCUUCCUUUCAUCUUCUGGAGGUAAUUUCCUACAGUCUCCCAAAUCGCGUCCUUAAGCCUAGGAGAAUAUAAGUCGUAGAGCAUAAUAUGAUGAAGAAGAACAGACAUAGGCACAUUAGGCCCUCUUAAGAAAUUGAUGAAUUGCUCGAAAGCCUCCGGAAAGUUUUUCUCUGCAAGCUUCAUGCUCUUUUUUGCAUUUUCAUUGUCGAUUUCAAUUGAUAUAGGAGCCUCAGAGUCUGACAUAAAACAAUCUGCGUACUGUGCAUGCAAAAAAGGAGUACGAGAUGUGCCGUAUAGGAUACUGAAGAAUCCCUUUGCAAAUGGAACUUUAAUCCUUUUUGUUUCUUCCUUUCUUUGAAUAAUAGAGCCUUUUUCCUCUGCAAAUUGUUCUGUCGUAGAUAUGUUGCUUAAUUUCAAAAGCGUGUCUGCAUGUGGCAUACUAAGGGAGUAAUCAAGACUCAGUGCUUCCACAGAGGUGUUGAAGCUAUUUGAUGUUAAUGAGCCAUUAUAAAAGUUGGAUGACUCAAAACCCAAUUCGUUAUGCUCAUUAGGCAUAUCUGGAUUGUAUAUGUAUUCAGAGUCACUAUCGAUAUAUUCAGAUCCUGUGGAACAGGCCAUACAAAGCUGCUUUAAAUGUUGAAACGCUUUUUGAAAAAUACUGGAGUUUACAUCAGUUUCAGCUGCUGGAUGAGAAAAGUUAUACAUCGGGGUAUCUUUCCUUGCUUGUUGAUCCAUAUUGACCUUACAAGCUUGAGCUUCAAGUAUAUCUAUAUAUGAAUUUAGAAGACGUGUUUGUAGAAAGUAAUAAACAAGGAAUUGGUUGUAUUCUAAGUAGAAUAAUCGGAUUCUUGUAUGUAAAC